CUUCUUUAAUGAAUUUAUCUGAAAUACAGCCCCAACCAAAAAUUCACAUAACUUUUGGUAAGUAAAGUCCCUUCCAAGAAACCAUACUUCCAAUUUGAAGGGGGCGCCACCAGUAAGGACAACGGAGAGAGCUUCAGAGCCGAGAAUGGGUCAGGGUGACGGAGGACGAGGCUGAGCCAGGUCUGCCCGGGGCUCGCCUCCUGGGGCGGCCUCAGUCGCGGGGAAAAUAGGUUGCGGGGGAGGAAGGGCAGGUCCGUGAGGCCUCCGGGUGCCAGCCGCGUGAGUGGGCGGAGAGGCCCCGGUUCCUGCUAGCGGCCCAGGACGGCGUCCAGGGAUCACCCUAGGUCCCGCUCCUCCCCGCCGGCAGGGGGAGAGGGGGAAGAAGGCCGCUCUCACCGGCUAUAAAAGCGCCCUGGGCCGCCGCGGCUCGCUCAGGCUCGCCUCGACACGCCUAGGCGUCCUCCGGCUCCGCCCUUGCCGCCCGGCUCCCAGCUCGAGCUCCAGUUCCCGCUCAGGCCCCACUCGACCCUCUCGGGCCUCAGCUACUCGGGCUGCGGUGGAAGAUGGCGGCUUCGGCAACACCCGCUGCUCAGGCCCCCGACUCCGAGGCGGCGUUGGCGGCCGCCCUGGCGGACGUGCCCGAACUGGCCCGACUCCUGGAGGUCGACCCGUAUCUAAAGCCUUUCGCCGUGGACUUCCAGCGCAGGUAUAAGCAGUUUUGCCAGAUUUUGAGGAACAUUGGAGAGAACGAAGGUGGUAUUGAUAAGUUUUCCAGAGGUUAUGAAUCAUUUGGCGUCCACAGAUGUGCUGAUGGUGGUUUAUACUGCAAAGAAUGGGCCCCUGGAGCAGAAGGCGUUUUUCUUACUGGAGACUUUAAUGGUUGGAAUCCAUUUUCUCACCCAUAUAAAAAGAUGGAUUUUGGAAAAUGGGAGCUAUAUCUCCCACCAAAGCAGGAUAAAUCUGUGGUGGUGCCUCAUGGAUCCAAAUUAAAGGUAGUUAUUACUAGUAAAAGUGGAGAGAUCUUGUAUCGUAUUUCACCGUGGGCGAAGUAUGUGGUUCGUGAAGGUGAUAAUGUGAAUUAUGAUUGGCUACACUGGGAUCCAGAAUACUCUUAUAAGUUUAAGCAUUCCAGACCAAAGAAGCCACGAAGUCUGAGAAUUUAUGAAUCUCAUGUGGGAAUUUCUUCCCAUGAAGGAAAAGUAGCUUCUUAUAAACAUUUUACAUGCAAUGUACUACCAAGAAUCAAAGACCUUGGAUACAACUGCAUUCAGCUGAUGGCAAUCAUGGAGCAUGCCUACUACGCCAGUUUUGGUUAUCAAGUCACAAGCUUCUUUGCAGCUUCAAGUCGUUUUGGAACACCUGAAGAGCUAAAAGAGUUGGUCGAUACAGCUCAUUCAAUGGGAAUUAUAGUCCUCUUAGAUUUGGUACACAGCCAUGCUUCAAAAAAUUCAGAAGACGGAUUGAAUAUGUUUGAUGGGACAGAUUCCUGUUAUUUUCAUUCUGGACCGAGAGGGACUCAUGAUCUCUGGGACAGUAGACUGUUUGCCUACUCUGGCUGGGAAGUUUUAAGAUUCCUUCUGUCAAACAUAAGAUGGUGGCUGGAAGAAUAUGGCUUUGACGGCUUCCGUUUUGAUGGUGUCACAUCCAUGCUCUAUCAUCACCAUGGAAUGGGUCAAGGUUUUUCAGGUGAUUACAAUGAAUAUUUUGGACUACAAGUUGAUGAAGAUGCGUUGAUUUAUCUCAUGUUAGCCAAUCAUUUGAUUCACACGUUGUAUCCAGAUUCUAUAACAAUAGCCGAGGAUGUAUCAGGAAUGCCAGCUCUGUGUUCUCCAAUUUCCCAGGGAGGGGUUGGUUUUGACUAUCGAUUAGCCAUGGCAAUUCCAGAUAAAUGGAUCCAGUUACUGAAAGAAUUUAAAGAUGAAGAUUGGAAUAUGGGCAAUAUAGUAUUCACCCUCACGAACAGACGCUACCUUGAAAAAUGCAUUGCUUAUGCGGAGAGCCAUGAUCAGGCCUUGGUUGGUGAUAAGACGCUGGCAUUUUGGUUGAUGGAUGCUGAAAUGUAUACAAACAUGAGUGUUUUGGCUCCUUUUACUCCAGUUAUUGAUCGUGGAAUACAGCUUCAUAAAAUGAUUCGACUCAUUACUCAUGGGCUUGGUGGAGAAGGCUAUCUCAAUUUCAUGGGUAAUGAAUUUGGGCAUCCUGAAUGGUUAGACUUCCCAAGAAAAGGAAAUAAUGAGAGUUACCAUUAUGCCAGAAGACAGUUUCACCUAACUGAUGAUGACCUUCUGCGCUAUAAGUUCCUAAACAAUUUUGACAGGGAUAUGAAUAGAUUGGAAGAAAGAUGUGGUUGGCUUUCAGCUCCACAGGCCUUUGUGAGUGAAAAGCAUGAAGACAAUAAGAUCAUCAUUUUUGAGAGAGCAGGUCUUAUUUUUAUUUUCAACUUCCAUCCAAGCAAGAGCUACACUGAUUACCGAGUUGGAACAGCAUUGCCAGGGAAAUUCAAGAUUGUGCUGGACUCAGAUGCGCCAGAAUACGGAGGGCACAAGAGACUGGACCACAGCACCGAUUUCUUCUCGGAGGCUUUUGAACAUAAUGGGCGCCCCCACUCUCUUUUGGUGUACAUUCCGAGCCGAGUGGCCCUCGUCCUUCAGAACGCCGAUCUGCCCAACUGAAGAGGCCUGAUUUCAGCUCCACUAGACGCAGCUGGGUGUUUCCUUUGCUGGUUCUCGUUGUCACGCGCUGUAACGUGUAAGCUUUCAAAAUGCCCUUGCCUGGCCCAGACGUCAAAUGUCUGAAAUUCAGUAGUGGUAUAUACAACUGUAUUGAGCUUUUCUUAAAGAAGUAGAUGGAGGAGAAUGUUUAAAUUUUUAGGAAUCCUAGACCAUAUUUUCAAGUUAUCUUAGCAACUACGAUUAUCUUAAAAACAUUUUAAUGUCCAGGCCAGUGGCGUCAUCCUUUUAAGUUCCAACCAGAAUCAUCUGUCACAUACGAUUAUUUCUGUUGAAUGUGUACAGUAUUUUUUUAAGAUGGAUAUUUGGUGGCCUUAUUUGUCCUACUAUCUCUUGGUCUAAAUUAUGAGGAACCAAGAUUGUAUCUUUUUUUUUUUUUUUUCCAAAUUGUGUUUUAAAAUACUGUAAUAAAAAUGUAGUAAAAAUAUAAACUUAAGAAUUAUAUCAAAGAUAAUAUAAAAGCCAUUACCUGUGAACUCAUUUUGCAUAAGUUUUCUUGUGAUUUCUCGUUCACUUAGUAUUUUGGUAGAUGCUGGUAUCUCAGUCUUUCUGAAGGUCUUAAAUGGUCAUUGUAGCAUUUCAGAAAUGUCUUUCAUUUCAAUCAAUAAAAGUAAAAAUUGAAAAAUU